AUGGCUCUGAGCAAAGGGCUGAGGCUGCUGUGGAAGCAGGAGCCCACGCCAAGCGCCCUGCUGGAAGCACGCGGCCGCCAAGACUGCCUACUGUUGGAAGCCGGCACCGUGGCCACCCUCACUCCUGAAGAGAAAGAAGAAAUUAAAGGGCAAUAUGAGAAGCUCAUGGACAGUUAUGGAUGCUUAGGACAGCUUCAGUUAAAAUCUGGCAACACCACUCUGCGUUUUCUGGUCCUCGUGACAGGCUGUACGUCAGUGGGGAAAAUCCUUGAUGGUGAAGUUUUCAAAAUCACAGCAACAGAAUUUUGUCCUCUCCAGGAAGAAACUAAGGAAGAGGAUCGUGUUGCUGCCUUGAAGAAAAUGCUGAAUUCUGGAAUGUUCUAUUUCUCUUGGCCAAAUGCAGGAUCAAACUUUGAUCUCACUGUCAGAGCUCAGAAACAGGGUGAUCACAACUAUGGAACUGGAAACUCAUUCUUCUGGAACCAGUUGUUGCAUGUGCCCUUUAAACAUUACCAGGUGAAUUGCUCCGAUUGGCUCUUAAAAGUAAUUUGUGGUGUGGUGGACAUUCGCACUGUUUAUGCCUCUCACAAGAAGGCAAAAGCCUGUCUCAUCUCCCGGAUCAGCUGUGAACGAGCCGGUGCCCGGUUUCACAUACGAGGAGUAAAUGACGAUGGGCACGUGUCUAACUUUGUAGAGACGGAGCAGACAAUUUAUUUGGACAGUGAUGUUUCUUCCUUUGUUCAAAUCAGAGGCUCAGUUCCAUUGUUCUGGGAGCAACCAGGACUUCAGGUUGGUUCCCAUCACCUGAAACUCACAAGAGGGCUGGAAGCAAAUGCCCCUGCUUUUGACAAGCAUAUGAUGCUUCUGAAGGAACAGUAUGGCAAACAAGUGAUUGUUAAUCUGUUACGAAGCAAAGGAGGAGAGGAGGUCCUCAACAGGGCUUUCAAGAAGUUGCUAUGGGCAUCCUCCCAUGCAGCAGACACACCUAUGAUUAAUUUUGAUUGCCAUCAGUUUGCAAAAGGUGGGAAAGCAGAGAAGCUGGAGAAUUUGCUGGGGCCCCAGCUAAAGUUGCACUGGGAGGAAAUGGGUGUCUUCACAAAUAGAGAGAACACAGCUCACCGACUGCAGAUGGGUACCUUGCGAACGAAUUGUCUGGAUUGCCUAGAUCGAACAAAUGUGGUUCAGUCCUUCAUAGCACUUCAGGUUCUGCUCACUCAGCUCGAGAGUUUGGGAUUGAAUUCCAAACCUAUAGUUGAACGUUUUGCAGAAUCUUAUAAGGCACUGUGGACCCUUAAUGGACACAACCUCAGUAGGGUUUUUACAGGUAGCCGUGCCUUGGAAGGAAAAGCUAAGGUGGGGAAACUCAAGGAUGGUGCUCGUUCAGUGUCACGGACUAUCCAGUCAAAUUUUUUUGAUGGUGUAAAACAGGAAGCCAUAGACUUACUGCUUACGGGUGAUUUUUGCAAUGAUGAGUGUGCAGAUAAAGAGAGGAUGCUCAUGGAUAACAGUGCAUCGUUGGUGACACCCUGCGUUUUGAAAGCCAUGUCAGAGCGUCAGUUUGACUUCACAAACUUCAAGAGAAUUCGUGUUGCUAUGGGGACAUGGAAUGUAAAUGGAGGCAAACAAUUUAAGAGCAAUAUCCUUGGUACAAGUGAAUUAACAGAUUGGUUACUGGAUUCCCCUAAGCUCUCUGGGGUUUCAGAAUUUCAGGAUGACCAUUGUCCUGCCGACAUAUUUGCUGUGGGAUUUGAAGAAAUGGUGGAAUUAAAUGCUGGAAAUAUUGUGAAUGCAAGCACAACUAAUAGGAAGAUGUGGGGAGAACAACUUCAGAAAGCUCUUUCCAGGACACAUCGAUACAUUCUGUUGACAUCAGCACAGCUUGUUGGUGUUUGUCUUUUCAUCUUUGUACGACCUUAUCAUGUCCCCUUCAUCAGAGAUGUUGCCGUGGACACAGUGAAGACAGGAAUGGGAGGGAAGGCUGGGAAUAAAGGAGCGGUGGCCAUCCGUUUCCAGAUUCACAGCACCAGUUUAUGCUUCAUAUGCAGUCACUUGACAGCUGGGCAGUCUCAAGUGAAAGAACGCAAUGAGGACUAUAAAGAGAUCACACAGAAACUGAACUUUCCAACGGGAAGAAACAUGUUUUCCCAUGACUAUGUGUUCUGGUGUGGCGACUUUAACUAUCGCAUUGAUCUGACUUAUGAAGAGGUAUUUUAUUUUCUCAAACGACAAGACUGGAAGACUCUCUUGGAAUUUGAUCAGUUGCAGCAGCAGAAAUCCAGUGGAAAAAUUUUUAAGGAUUUUCAUGAAGGAACUAUUAAUUUUGGUCCAACAUAUAAAUAUGAUGUUGGUUCCGAGGCUUACGAUACAAGUGAUAAAUGUAGAACACCAGCCUGGACUGACAGAGUACUUUGGUGGAGGAAGAAACUUCCUAUUGAUAAAACAGCUGGAGAGAUCAGUCUGCUAGACACUGAUUUUAAUGUGGAAACCAAAAUCAGACCUAUUUGGUCCCCUGGUGCUUUAAUGUAUUAUGGAAGAGCUGAGCUCCAGGCAAGCGAUCACAGGCCUGUUUUAGCUAUUGUGGAAGUGGAAGUCCAAGAGGUUGAUGCAGCUGCCCGGGAACGUGUUUUCCAGGAAGUAUCUUCCUUCCAAGGACCUCUGGAUGCCACCGUAGUGGUGACUUUGUUGACUCCAUCCCCCGAAGAGACAGAUGAAUUUCCUGAGGAUUUGCGCACUGAACUUAUGCAGAUAUUUGAGAGAUAUGGCACUGUUGUGCUUGUUAGGAUCAAUGGAGGUCAAAUGCUGGUAACUUUUUCAGAAAGCAGGUCUGCUCUCCAUGUUCUUGAUGUAGAUGGUGUCAAGAUUAAAAGCAAGACAGUGAAGAUCUGGCCUAAAACCAAAGACUGGCUGAAGGGUCUUCAGGAGGAAAUUGCUAGGAAGCGAGACAGCAUGGCUCCUAUGUCACCCACAGCAAACUCCUGCCUACUAGAGGAAAAUUUUGAUUUCUCAAGUUUAGAUUAUGAAUCAGAAGGUGAUAUUCUAGAUGAUGAAGAUGACUAUUUAGAUGACAUUGCAUUAGCAGUGGAAGAUUUGCUGGAUGGGCCUGAAUAUUUCAUGAUGCCGUCCAUGGUCCAUGCAAACAAAUCUCCUCACCUUGCUGGAAGAAAGCAGCAGCUGUACAAAGAUGAUGCUGAUCUGGCUGAGCUAAAACAAGAGCUAGAAGGAAGUGGAGAAUUUCGCCAUCGUUCCCCAAGCAGGUCUUUUUCUGUUCCUGGUAGGCCUCAGCCACCACAGCGACCACCUCCUCCGGCUGGAUUAUCUGUUAAAAAAUCUACAUCAGAUGGUUCCAUCUCUUCAGGAGGCCACUCCCUGUCUUCCAUCUUGCAAACAGCAAAGCUCCUUCCAGGAGCACCACAACAACCACCAAAAUCACGGACUGGAAUUAGUAAGCCGUAUAACGUUAAGCAGAUCAAAACUACCACCCCACAGGAGGCUGAGGAAGCAAUUCGGUGCCUGAUGCAAGCAAAAGGAGUGACACCAGAGGAAGCCCUGGCACCCACUCCUGUACCAACGCAGGUUGUCACGAAACCUGAAACCUUCCCCAGUGCUACAAAUCCACCACCACUUCACAAUCUACAGUCAACCCCAGGGUUUGUGCCUCAUAGGCCUCCACCCAAAGUUCCCACCGCUAAGAAGCCAGUACCCUCGCAAAGAAUGGGAGGGAAGCUUGGGCAACCCCACUCUCCAGAAGAGCAGUUUGAACAGUCUGUGGGUCACUUCUCCUUUGCACUGCCAGAGUCUUGCCUUGAAUCAAGAGCCGUUACCAGUCGUGCAAGGGCAGCCCCUGUUCCUAAGCCAAGAACCACGUACCCUGGCAAAAUUCCUGAGAGGAGGAGCAGCAGCGAAAGGCAGCCAGCGCUACAUCUUUUAGAGGACACUUCUCUUUUUCCUCCUCAGAAUUCUACCUCUGCCCCGAGAGUUCCACCCAGAAGAAAGAAGUCGGCUCCCCCUGACUUUCACCUCCAAGUUCUCCAGAGCAGUGACAGCUUGUUCUUGAAGGGUUUAACGUUCAAUUCCAACAACAACAACAAUCCAUCAGAACAUUGUUCUGAAACACAGGAUUCCAGCACCCUUCCUCUUUGUCCCAGUGAGUCAUGUUUUCCUGCAGCAGACCUCAUUUCCAGCCCAGUUGACAGUGGUUCUAAGCUCCUGAGGCCAGCUGCUUUGCAGCUGGAUGCUGGCCUGCAGGCUCCUCUUCUCCUGAACAGCCAGCAGCCUGAGCAGCUCUUAAACAAUGAUUUUCUUACAGGAAACCCCUGUCUGUUAAGCUUUGAGGAAGACUUUGUCCCUCAUCAGUCAAUAGCUUCACCAUUGCCUAUCAGCCCAACACACGCUCUGAAAGAUCAGGAACUCUCCGGCCCAACAGAUUUCAGUCACUGGGUUACAUUUGGUGAGGAUGGCAGCAGCAAUAAUACAUUUCAAGAUCUCACUGAAAUGCUUGCCUUUGAGAAAAAAACCUGAGCAGCCACAGGCUCCAAUUUACAGCUUUGAGCCUAAUCUUUUUUCUCUUCCCUUGCUUAUCCUACAUAAAACACAGAAAUGAAACAUUUUUUUUCCAAACAAGAAACUAUUACUGGUACUCCAUGAUUUCUUCUAAGGAAAUAUGAAAAAUACAGGGGUAUAAGGAUUCCCUCUUAACAUUUGCAUAAAAUCUAAUUAUCUUUUAGCUCAUUGCAUAGCAGGUGCUUGCUAUUAAAUGAUGUGAUCAUUUAAUUAACUGGAGGGGAAAUGCAGUGACCAGUUGUAUCUUUAUGUUUUUUAAAUCUGAUUCUUUUACAACAUACUUGAUAACUUCUGCACUCUACGGGAAAGACAAUUUUAAUAGGCUUGGUCUGGAGAGAGAACACUGGGAUAGCAGCAGAUGAAAAGGUGGAGUUGGUGGUAGUAGUUUCUAGGAUGCCUUUGGAACUGCUGCCACAAUUAUAGAUGUGGAU